CCUCAGUCGCUCGCAGUUCGGCGUGGAAUCAAACGAGGCUGUCAAGUGGACUCAUUGCCACAUAUGGUGAAAUAACGUAGUUUCCAGAACCCACUACCAUUCAAAUAUUUCUGAACACCCGCGUCAAUUGAAGGCGAAAAAUUCUGCAAUUAAUUUCACAACUAUUCACGGACGACUUUUAAGUGAUUCGAGGACUUAUAUAAGGCACAGAUAAUGGCUGGAAGAAUUACAAUCAACGGCACCAGCCACGAAGUCAACCUGGCUGCCCUGCCGGCUGAUAUCUCGCUGAACACUUUCAUCCGAGAGUAUGCCGGAUUAACGGGCACGAAAUUCAUGUGCCAGGAGGGCGGAUGCGGCGUCUGCGUCUGCACCCUGACUGGGAUUCAUCCGGAGACCGGAGAGCCGCGCACCUGGGCGGUCAACUCGUGCCUCACGCUGCUGAACACGUGCUUGGGCCUGGAGGUUACCACCUCGGAGGGAUUGGGCAACAAGCGGGUCGGCUACCAUGCCAUCCAGCAGCGACUGGCCAAGAUGAACGGCACCCAGUGCGGCUACUGCUCGCCGGGAAUCGUGAUGAACAUGUACGGCCUGCUAAAGUCCAAGGGCGGCAAGGUCACGAUGGAGGAGGUGGAGAACUCCUUUGGAGGCAACAUUUGCCGCUGCACUGGCUAUCGUCCCAUUCUUGACGCCAUGAAGUCCUUUGCCGUGGACAGCAACAUCCAGGUGCCUGCUGAGUGCAUUGACAUUGAAGACCUGAGCACCAAACAGUGUCCCAAGACUGGCCAAGCCUGCUCCGGCAGCUGCAAGAAGCAGCAGCCCAAGAGCAGCCAACUGUAUCCGGAUGGCAGCCGUUGGAGUUGGCCAGAGAGUCUGGGUGACCUCUUUGCCGCUCUGCAGGGAGCAGUCAAGGAGAAGCUGCCCUACAUGCUGGUGGCUGGAAACACGGCCCACGGCGUCUACAGACGUCGUCCGGACAUUAAGGCAUUCAUCGAUGUAUCCGGCUUGGCGGAGCUCAAGGGUCAUAAGCUGAGCGCGGAUAACUCAUCACUAACUCUCGGUGGAAAUUUGAGCCUCAGCGAAACCAUGGAGCUGUGCCGCCAGUUGGAGAAGACGAAGGGCUUCGAGUACUUGUCUCAGGUGUGGCAACACCUCGAUUGGAUCGCUAAUGUUCCAGUGCGCAAUGCCGGCACCUUGGCGGGCAACCUGGCCAUCAAGCAUGCCCACCCGGAGUUCCCCUCGGAUGUGUUCAUCGUCCUGGAGGCCCUAGAUGCCCAAGUGAUUGUCCAGGAGGCGGUGGACAAGCAGCAGACUGUCAGCCUGGCCAGCUAUCUGGGCUCUUCCAUGGAGGGAAAGAUUAUCCGUGGUCUGGUGCUGCGCUCGUAUCCCAAGGAGCGGUUUGCAUUUGACUCCUACAAGAUUAUGCCUCGUGCGCAGAAUGCCCAUGCCUAUGUGAAUGCUGCUUUCCUCGUGGAAUUCACGUCAGACUGCAAGGUGAAAUCAUCUCGCAUUUGCUUCGGAGGCAUCCAUCCCGAAUUCGUGCAUGCCACAGCGAUUGAGAACUUGAUUCAGGGCAAGAAUCCCUUCGAGAACGGAUUGGUGGAGAAGGCCUUCGGGCAGCUGUCCACCCUGCUCCAGCCAGAUGCCGUUCUUCCGGAUGCCUCACCCGUCUACCGACGCAAGUUGGCCUGUGGUCUUUUCUACAAGUUCCUCUUGAAGGUAGCGGCUCGGCGAAAGCAGGGUUUGGGCAGUCGAUUCGUCACAGGCGGUUCUCUCCUGAAACGUCCCGUGUCAAGUGGCCAGCAGAGUUUUGAGACCUUCCAGGAGCACUACCCGGUGACCAAGGCAACGGAGAAGCACGAGGGUCUGAUCCAGUGUUCUGGCGAAGCCACCUACUCCAACGAUCUGCCCACCCAGCACAACCAGUUGUGGGCUGCAUUUGUCACCGCGAAGAAGGUGGGCGCCAAAGUCACCAAAGUGGAUACGCAACCAGCUCUGGAUCUACCCGGGGUGGUGGCGUACCUCGACGCCAAGGACAUUCCGGGACCCAACUACGUUGGGCCCAAAAUCCGGGACCAGUUUUUCUUCCCCAAGGAUGAGGAACUAUUCGCCACAGGGGAGAUUAAGUUUUAUGGUCAGCCCGUGGGCAUAAUCCUUGCCAACUCCAAUUCGCUGGCCAAUCGGGCAGCAGAGCUGGUGAAACUGACCUACGAAGGCGGAGCGGAAGAGAUACUACCCACCUUGAAGGCAGUGCUAGACAAAGUUGGAUCCGAAGCUGGCAAUAACAAGCGGUUGGAGCAGCCCAUCAAGUCCACCAUCGAGGUCCUCCAGCUAGAGGAACCCUUCGAUGUGAGCUCCUCCGGCCAACUGGAUAUGGGACUCCAGUACCACUACUACAUGGAACCGCAGACAACAGUGGUUCUGCCCUUCGAGGGCGGCUUGCAGGUGUACACUGCCACCCAGUGGAUGGACCUAACCCAGGACACCAUCGCCAAUGUGCUGAACCUCAAGUCCAACGAUGUUCAAGUAAAGACGCGUCGUAUUGGAGGAGGAUAUGGAGGCAAGGCCACACGAUGCAAUUUGGCUGCUGCCGCUGCUGCUCUGGCUGCUCACAAGCUGAACAGACCCAUUAGAUUCGUCCAGUCCCUGGAGUCCAUCAUGACCAGUCUGGGCAAACGCUGGGCCUUCCAUUGCGAUUACGACUUCUUCGUUCAGAAAUCCGGAAAGAUUUCCGGUAUCGUAAGUCGAUUCUACGAGGAUGCUGGAUAUCUAUCCAACGAAUCACCCAUUGGUCACACCGUUUUGCUAUCCAAGAAUUGCUACGAGUUCAGCGACAACUACAAACUGGAUGGCUACCUAGUCUGCACAGAUUCGCCAUCGAAUACUCCGUGCCGUGCUCCUGGCUCCGUGGAGGGCAUUGCAAUGAUGGAAAAUAUCAUCGAGCACAUCGCCUUCGAGACUGGACUGGAUCCGGCUGACGUGCGUUUCGCCAAUUUGCUACCCGCCCAUAAAAUGGGCGACAUGAUGCCGCGAUUCCUGGAAAGUACCAAGUACAGGGAACGCAAGGCGGACGCUAUAGCCCACAACAAAGAGAACCGCUGGCACAAGCGCGGAUUGGGUCUUUGUAUCAUGGAGUACCAGAUCGGUUACUUCGGACAAUACCCCGCUACGGUGGCUAUCUACCACAGCGAUGGCACCGUGGUGGUUUCCCAUGGAGGCAUUGAAAUGGGUCAAGGCAUGAACACCAAGAUAUCGCAGGUGGUGGGCCACACCCUGGGCAUUCCGAUGGAACAGGUACGCAUCGAGGCCAGCGAUACCAUCAACGGAGCCAACUCCAUGGUCACCGGAGGGGCCGUGGGCAGUGAAACCCUCUGCUUUGCAGUUCGCAAGGCGUGCGAGACUCUCAACGAGCGAUUGAAGCCCGUGCGCGAGGAGGUGAAGCCCGAGAAUUGGCAGGACCUCAUCCAGGAGGCCUACAACCGCAAGAUCAAUCUGAUCGCCAGCGAUCAGUGCAAGCAAGGCGACAUGGAUCCGUACUCCGUAUGCGGUCUCUGCCUCACCGAGGUGGAGUUGGAUGUCCUCACCGGCAACUACAUUGUGGGCCGAGUGGACAUCCUGGAGGACACUGGCGAGAGUCUGAAUCCCAAUGUGGACAUUGGCCAGAUCGAGGGCGCAUUCAUGAUGGGCUUGGGCUACUGGACCAGUGAGCAGGUGAUUGCGGAUCCGAAGACGGGCGAGUGUCUCACGAAUCGUACCUGGACGUAUAAGCCGCCAGGAGCGAAGGACAUACCCACUGAUCUGCGCAUUGAGCUGCUGCCCAAGAGUCCCAACAAGGCGGGCUUCAUGAGGUCCAAGGCCACCGGAGAGCCAGCCAUCUGUUUGUCCAUCGCAGUCGCAUUUGCCCUGCAGCAGGCCCUGCAAUCAGCUCGCGAUGACGCCGGCGUGCCCAAGUCUUGGGUGACCCUCACCGCCCCGAUGACCCCCGAGCACCUGGUCCUCCACUCGGGCACCGAGCCCAGCCAGUUCAAGCUGAACUAGGUGGGGAAGAAGUAUAUGGACUUGUAUCCCUGGCCGUGGGACACGGCACGUGGCCGCGAUGGGAACACUCCGAUAAGCACGCCAAGAUAACCUGCACUUACACCCCCACUUAACCUGGUGGAUCCGCCGACUCUAGACUAGCCGACAUUGUGUUGUCUGCACAAUAAAUUAAAAACUUAUCCAACGCUUAA